AUGGCUAUUUCAAACUUUCUAAACCCUGUGGAAGAGGCUGGAGCGGUAGAAGGACAGACUACCGAUGAAGAACUACUUGAGGAGAUAAUAGAGGGGCAACUUGGGCAUCAGAACUCUAAAAAUGCUGAGCAGCCUGCGACUACGGCAAAGGAGGCCCAGGAUGCCCUCCAGAUACUGACUGAGUAUUCUGAAGGCCAGGAUGCCCUUACUAUGGGGCAUAUACGGGCACUAGAGCAGCUGCAAACAGCCUUUGAGGCUAUUCAAGCCCAGUCACAGCAGCAGUAG